UCAUACCGGUUGUUGGUGCUUUAUAGUCCGUUAUUGUCCUUAGUCCCCGCCAAAUGUUGGCUACUGAAGGCUCCAUUGGUCCCACAUCCUCUUCAUGUAACCCCUUCUGCUGGGGUUACUUGCAAAAACUCCUUAUUCUCAUCCCUUUUCCAUUUAUGCUUUCUUUUUCCAGUAGCCGACUUCUCAGUGUAUCCUAGUUCCUCAACAACUGUGACAUCCGGUAUAGCUUCAGUUAUGUAUCCCUUGCACGUUACUGACAUCUGAACAGAAUUUCAUGUGAAAAGUGCCUUUCGAAAUUUAUUUACUCCUUUAUUUCCCCAUAAAUUUAGCCACAUUAGUAGUGAAAUGCAUUUGUGGGUUUAGGAGCAGAGUUGACUUGGUUGCACCCAUGAAAAACUUACUCAAUCUUCUCUGCCAAUGCCAAACAGCUUUUUCUGCUACUGCUACUGUUCACUUGAUGUAGCGCAGCUAGAAACUGGCAAAGUAAACUAGUGACUGAGUAAAUUAUUAACAAAUAAAUUGUUCUUUGACCAUUUUUCUUUCUUCUUUUUCCAUGUUUUUAAUCUAGGAACGGAGACCUGGUCUAACAGCACUGUGUGCAGAUCCAUUUACCACCCCCAUCAUAAUGGCAGCAGUAAACCGUAACACCUCAUCAAAGUAUGAAGAUAUCAUCAAAACAAGUGUUUGGAUCCCUUCAGGAUAUCCUGUUGUCUACCAGCUGACAACAAAGAUGGAGACCAUUGGAAAUGAAAGAAGAGUUACCUUUGGUAAAAAAAAUGUGAACAAGAUAAAUAAAACCAUCUUACUGGUGGGAGAAACAGGAGCAGGAAAAUCUACUCUGAUCAACGCUCUGCUCAACUACACCAUGGGAGUGAAGUGGGAGGAUGAAGUCUGGUUUCAGAUUGUAGAGGAGAAGAAGGACAAAAAACAGACAGAAAGUCAGACAUCAGAUGUGAUGGUGUACGAGAUCUUUGGUUUUGAAGAUGAAACUCUGCCCUACUCCCUGACCAUCAUCGAUACUCCUGGAUAUGGAAACACCAGAGAAACUAAACAAGAUGACAUCAUCAGUCAAAGAUUAUUGGACUUGUUUCGAUCAGAGGAUGGAGUCCAUGAAGUUCAUGCAGUGGGUCUGGUGAUGAAGGCGACAGAUAAUCGACUGACUAACCGACUCAGGUACAUCUUUGAUUCAAUGAUGUCUCUGUUUGGAAAAGACCUAGAGAAAAACAUUGUAGCUCUGAUCACAAACUCAAAUGGAAGAAAACCAACAAUUCCUCUUAAAGCUAUUGAAGAAACAAAUAUUAAAUGUGCCAAAGAUGAGAAUAAUAAGUCUGUUUACUUCCUGUUUGAUAACUGCCAGCAUGAAGACCGAACAGAGGAAGCAGAACACUUGGAACAUGCUAAUAAAUUAACAAUGACAGGAAUCAGAGAGUUCACAGCCUUUCUGGAGGAAGUUGCACCUAGAAAAGUGAUAUUAACUUCAGAUGUUCUGAAAGAACGAAUCAGACUAAAAGCCUCCAUCCAAAAUCUGCAAGAGAGGGUCAAACUGACUGAAUUGAAACAGACAGAAAUCAAACAGACUCAAGAAGUUCUGAAAAAACACGAAGAAGAGAAAUUCAUUGUAGAGAUUGAUGAGGCCUAUAAAGUUAAAGAACCUAUCAAUGGUGGGAUGUGGUUGAUUUUUUUUUAUAAUGGCGCUGUAUGUUGUACAGUCUGUGAAGAGACCUGUCACUAUCCUGGAUGCAAUGUGGCCUGGUAUCCUUCACACUGUGAAGUGAUUAAAAAUGGCCGCUGCACUGUUUGCACCAACAAGUGUCUUGUGUCCACACAUGUGAAAGAAAAGUGGAGAUAUGUGGUCAAGACAAGGAAAGUUAAGAAAACCAUAGAAGAAAUGACAAAGAAGUAUGAAACGAAUAAGACUGAAAAUCAGAAGAAAUCAAGCCUUUUGAAAAAUCUUGAAAAUGAAAUGAACAAACUGACAGCAGAGAAGUCACGGUUCCUGGAUGAGUCCUACCAACAUGUUGUCAGACUGGUGCAGAUCGCUCUGAAGGCUGAUUCAGCGUCCACUAUUGUCCACUUGGACUUCCUGAUUGAGAAGAUGGAGGAGAAAGGAGACACAGAGAAGGUCCAGAAACUGGAGGAGAUGAGAAGCAGAGUGGAUGAAGGAACGAGAGGAGCAGCUCGACACAUGACAGAUAGAUGACAUGUGAUAUAUGGGUUUUAACCUCACUCUUAUGGUCAUUAUAAUAUUUAUAUAGAGUGGCAGCCUUUAUUCUGUUUUCACGUGAGUUCUUAUAAACAAAGUCAUCAAGCGGAACUUCCCCCACAAUAAAAAGAACAAAAAAAACUGGUUUACAUGCAACUUGUUUCACAGUCCAGGUAUAAGCAUGAAUGUAGUUGAUUCUUGCCCAUUAUAUCCUUAAAGUGAUGGAGCCAUAUGGUAAAUGGUAAUGGCCUGCAUUUGUAUAGCGCUUUUCUAGUCCAUAGGACCCCAAAGCGCUUUACACUACAUUCAGUCAUCCACACAUUCACACA